CUGGCUGCCUGCUUGGCUCUGACCGGAGCAGCUACCGGGCGACUCUCUCGUGUCUUCACCGCGGACCGCUGCGUCUCUUACGGUCGAGUCCGGUUCGUCGUCGGGGAAUCUCAGUCCUCCAGCGUCCCGUUGUUUGUGGUCGCGACACCGGCAGCUGCUAAGCUCAGAGGCUCGCUGGCUAACGGAACGGCGGCAGAGAGUAGCCAGCAGGUCGGACCGAGGCGCAGGGGACGUUAGCAAACAAGCUAAUUAGCCAGAAGGACCGAGCCUGGAUUAUUGUCCCUAAUCAAAGAGGAACCGAGCGAGUCCGCGGAGAACCUCACUGCGGCAGCAACAUGAAGAUCACGGUGGAAUUCGAGGAGUGUUUGAAGGACUCCCCGCGGUUCAGAGCCACCAUAGAGGAAGUAGAGGGGGAUGUGUGUGAGUUGGAAUCCAAGCUGGACAAAUUGGUGAAGUUGUGUAUUGGGAUGAUCGAUGCUGGAAAAGCCUACAACGCAGCCAACAAGCAGUUUGUUAACGGGAUCCGAGAAUUAGCCCAGUCGUCCACCAGAGAUGAGGUUAUCGAGUCCAGUCUGACAAAGUUUGCAGAGAGCCUGCAGGAGAUGAUCAACUAUCACACGAUAUUAUUUGAUCAAGCCCAGAGAUCAAUCAAGACCCAGCUUCAAACGUUUGUCAAAGAUGACCUGCGUAAGUUUAAAGAAGCAAAGAAGCAGUUUGAUAAAGUUAGCGACGAAAAGGAGGCAGCGCUGAUAAAGAACGCACAGGCGCCCCGCAACAAGCAGCAUGAGGUGGAGGAGGCCACCAACAUCCUCACUGCCACACGCAAGUGCUUCCGACACAUCGUGCUCGACUACGUCUUACAGAUCAAUGUGCUGCAAUCCAAGAGAAGAUCAGAAAUCCUGAAAUCAAUGCUGUCCUUCAUGUACGCCCACUUGACCUUCUUUCACCAAGGAUAUGACCUCUUCAGUGAACUACAACCUCUUAUGAAGCACCUUGGAGGACAGUUGGACCAGCUGGUGGUGGAUGCUGCCAAAGAGAAGAGAGACAUGGAGCAGAAACACUCCACCAUCCAGCAAAAGGAUUUCUCAAAUGAUGACACCAAGCUGGAAUACAAUGUGGACGCAGACAACGGCAUCGCCAUGGAGGGUUAUCUUUUUAAGAGGGCCAGCAAUGCCUUCAAGACAUGGAAUAGGCGUUGGUUCUCCAUCCAAAACAAUCAGCUGGUUUACCAGAAGAAAUUUAAGGACAACCCAACAGUGGUGGUAGAGGACCUCCGGCUAUGUACUGUCAAACACUGUGAAGACAUAGAGCGUCGCUUCUGUUUCGAAGUGGUGUCACCCACCAAGAGCUGUAUGAUGCAGGCAGACUCAGAGAAGCUGCGACAGGCCUGGAUCAAAGCUGUCCAGAACAGCAUCGCCACCGCCUUCCGCGACAAGGGAGAUGAAGGCGAGAAGCUGGACAGGAAAUCGUCCACAUCGACAGGGAGUCUUGACUCUGGUGGGGAGCCAAAGGAGCGGUCGCUGAAAGGAGAGAGUGCCCUGCAGAAGGUCCUGGCCAUCCCGGGAAACACCUGCUGUUGUGACUGUGGCCAGCCAGACCCUCGCUGGGCCAGCAUCAAUCUGGGCAUCACCCUCUGCAUACAGUGCUCUGGUAUUCACAGGAGUCUUGGAGUUCAUCUCUCUAAAGUCCGGUCUCUGACUUUGGACACGUGGGAACCUGAACUUCUUAAGUUGAUGUGUGAAUUGGGAAACGGAGUGAUUAAUCAGAUCUAUGAAGCUCGGCGAGAGGAGCUAGGAGCCAGAAAACCACAGCCAGGAGACCCCAGACACGAGGUUGAGGCCUACAUCAAAGCCAAAUACGUGGACCGUCGGUUUGUGCGCCGCCCGUCAGACGAGGAGCUUCGCAACAAAGUGGUCUCUCUGAGCAAACAGGAGAAGAGGCUGAGCAGCAGCUCCGAGCACCUGCCCCCCAGGCCACCUCCACCUACCCCCAAACUCCGACCGGCUUCAAACUCCUCUGGACAAACAGCUGCUGCCAGCGGUUCGGAGGCCCGCCGUGACUCUCUCUUCUGUCCUGACGAGCUUCACUCGCUCUUCUCCUACUUUGACAACUCUGCCAAGCUCAGGAGCAUUAAAAGUGCAGACAGCGGCAUCCAAAACAGUGCAGACGGAAGCAGGGAAAUGCUGGCCAACACUCCGUCCAAUAACAGCCUGACAGAUGCAGAUGCUGCUGAGUCUCCGCCCAUGGCCAUGCCUGACAAGCUGCCUCCUCCGUCACCCUGUAAAGAGAUGGUGUUCUAUGAACCCAAGGAGUACAGCCAAGGUCUGCAGCUGUACUGGGCUUCAUGUGCCCGCAGUCUGCCGGACAUGGCGGAAGCACUGGCUCACGGAGCCGAAGUUAACUGGGUCAAUACUGAAGAAGACAAGAGGACGCCGCUUAUCAUGGCGGUGCAGGGGGGGUCACUGGUCACCUGUGAGUUUUUGCUUCAAAAUGCAGCGAGUGUGAACCAGCAGGACGCUCAGGGCCGGGCUCCCCUGCACCACGCCACCAUGCUGGGACACACAGGACAAGUGUGUUUGUUCCUAAAAAGAGGAGCGAAUCAAAAUGCUGCAGACAUUGACGAGAAAACCCCACUGACCAUAGCGGUGGAUGCGGCCAACGCAGACAUUGUUACACUGCUGCGACUGGCGAAGAUGAAUGAGGAGAUGCGAGAGGCGGAGGGGCCCUACAGCCAGUCAGGUGAUGAAACCUACCAGGACAUUUUCCAGGACUUCACCCAAAUGGCCUCCAACGACCCGGACAAGCUGAAGCGCUACCAGCAGUACGACCCGCAGUGACCUCCGUCCAGUAGCACCUGGAGAGACACUGUCACCGACCUGGGAGAGACGCAGCCUCUAAACCCCCGCCUCCGCCUGGAAGGUCCCCUGCUCAUUAUUCCUCCCAUCAUUCAGAAACAUCUGCCUUAAAGCCGGUUAGUGCCGCCGCAGCUGGAAACGUCGGCACGUCUCACAUGGCUGACGCUCUGUCAUCACAUUGAUCUGACAGGUUACUGUGAUCACAUCACUGAAGAGACAGGGAAAACCUGUUUUUAAACUGUGCUUCUCAGUAGAGGACCUAUUACAACAAGUGAAUGGUACAGUGUUAAAGCCUUUGAAAGGAUUCGCAGUAAUUAAAGAAACAUUUUUUAACUGUCUGAAUGUAGAGCGCCGUCGAGGCUCAGUUUAAUCCCUCCUGUCACACUUCCUCUCACACUUCCUGUCACACUUCCUGACAAAAGACAACUUCUUUUCAUACGUUUAAAAAAAUAAGUGUGCUGCAUCAGAUGUACAAAGAGGUAAGAGCAUGACAGAUUGUUAAAUAGGAUUCUCCUUAUGAGUAUAGGCAUCUUUGUUUAUAUCAAACUUUCAUUUUAUGAACUCGGCUGUGUAUCCACGGCCACACGCUUCCACCUAUUUGCACAAAUCCCUUUGUCUUUAAACGCCACCCAUGUUUACCAGUUUGACGUGUUGUAAAAUGUACAGUGAUUAUAGAAGUAAACAUGUUAUUGAUUUAUUUUAAUGUUAAAUAGAAUUAUUUUUUUUAAUGGUUUUUAUUUUUCAACGUUUCUUUCUGAAUGAUUUCAAUUUCUGUCUCGUCAGAAGCUGUUUUAUCUUUAUCUGUAGAUUUUAAUGCAGACAUUUGAUUCCCAUUGAUUUUAGAAAGCUGAUCAAAUUUAAUUUUUUACAGGUUCAUAAUUUUAUAAUUUUUUUCAUAAUAAUUAAAGCAAACUUUUUGUUGAAAGAACAACCAUCUAAACUCAAAUAAAUGUAAUUAAGUGAAGUAAUGAUUCGAGAUUUUAUAAUUUAAACAAAAAUUAUAAAGAAAGUUGUCCUACGAUCUGGCUUGAAGAUGCAUUUGUGAUAAAUGCAAAUAUUUUGUUAACUAAUAACCUUGUGUUUCCUGUUACUUUAUAACUAUGUUCGCAUUUUAUUUUGAAGUAGCAUCAGUAGGAAGUGUUACCGUGAUGCUGGAGAACAUAUUCCAUCAUUUAAGAGGAGGUGAUUGUAAACCCUGUUGCCAAAAGGUUAAAUUAAUAUACAUCAAGAUAAUACUGGAUAUUAGUACAAUUUAAAAAAAACACCAACUGACAAUAUACAGUAUGUCAAGUAACUUUACAAUUUUGUGUAGUAACAGUUCCGAUAAUGAGCACAUGAACACUUUGGUGACUCGAGAAAAAAACCUCCACACUUAGAGGAGAACCAGUUGCAACAAAAGACGUUUUUCACUGAUAAAUGAAUCAGAAUAAAUCAUCCUUUCAUUUAUUUUAUUUAUGAAUACGAGCAAAUUCCUAUUAGGGAUUAUUAGGAAAUUAUGAACCUGUAAUCAGCAAUAAAGAAUCACCAAGAAAACUGAUGUUUUAAAGCCACAUUGUGUGAUUUCAUUUGUUGAGCUGUUAAAACCAAAUUUACAUUUAAGACAUGUUCAGACGCCUUCUCCCAAAAUGUUUAGACUCAGAAAUAAAUUCUGUAAAUGUCAUAAUAGAUACUCUGCUCUGCUUUAGGACUUUCAGUUUUUUCUUGGUCUGCCUCUUUUGAAACUGUACAAUCUUUAAACAUUGAUAGUUUAUGGCAAGAUGUGACGUCAGUUCCUGAGGAAAUCUUUGUCCAAUGAUGCAACAUGGGAUACAACUCUUGUACAUUUUGUACAGAUGCUUUUGAAUUCUGCAGAGAACUGAAGUAUAAAGUUAGAGGUACUUGAAUCAUUCAAAUAAGAUAUUGUAUAUGCUGUUCUUUGUAUCCUUCAGUCAUUUAGCCCAUUUUAUAUUGCCUGUCUGUAAACCAUUAUACAUGAACUGUGUAUUCUACCUGUAAUAUGUAUGAACUUCAAUACAUAGACUGAGGAUUCUCCAAUGAA